AUGUCCACCACGACCUACCACUCCGUCCACCUCGCCGUCCGGCAGGGCAUCGACCUCGCGUACGCCGAAGCCGGGGACCGCACCGCGCCGACGCUCAUCCUGCUGCACGGCUUCCCCACCUCGUCCAACCAGUAUCGCCACCUCAUCCCGUGCCUGAGCGACAAGUACCACGUGCUCGCGCCCGACCUGCCAGGCUUUGGCAGCACAGUCGUGCACGGCGAUUCGUCCAACCUCACCUUCAGCGACCUGGCCGACGCGCUCGAGGGGUUCGUCGACGCACUGGGCGUGAAGACGUUCGCGGUGUACAUCUUCGACUAUGGCGCGCCGACCGCGCUGCGCUUCGCCCUCCGCCGUCCUGGCGCCAUCACGGCGCUUAUCAGCCAGAACGGCAACGCGUACACCGAGGGCCUGGGCGACUUCUGGGCGCCCGUCAAGGCGCUCUGGGCGACCGAGCGCGGCACGCCGGCGUUCGACGCCGCGCUCGCGCCACUUGCUGGCGUGCUCACCCUCGAGGCGACGAAGGCCCAGUACACCGGCCACGGGACGCCCGCCGACCGCCUCGACCGGAUCGACCCGGCCACGUACACGCUCGACUACUACCAGAACCUCGCGGGCCACGCCGACACCCAGGUGUCGCUGUUCUACGACUACCGUAACAACGUAGGCCUGUACCCCCAGUUCCAGGCCUGGCUGCGCGACUCGCGCGUGCCUGUCCUCGCGGUCUGGGGAGCGGGCGACGAGAUCUUCGUGCCGGCCGGCGCGGAGGCAUUCAAGCGCGACGCCGCCGACGCCGAGGUGCACCUCCUUGACGGGGGCCACUUCCUGCUCGAGACGCACGUCGACGAGGUGGCCGCCCUCAUCCGCGCCUUCCUCGAGCGUAUCAAGUUCGGUGCUGCUUAA